AAGUCAAAAGCACGUUUGCUGGUUGCUUUAUGUCUGCUGCACAGUUUCCCACUUAGACCUGUGCUAAAGAUGCUGUCACGAAAUCUUGUAAUUGCUUCAGUGGCUGUUGUGUUUCUGGCGUCCACCGUAUCAACGGCUCCUGUUGAAGAUAAGGAGCCUGAGGAAAAUGACUUUGAGGCUGAAGAGGGUGAAGAAGAACUUUCUGAGGAGGAAGAGGAUGAUGAUGACUCCAAAGGUCAGCAUAUGAAGGGAGCCGGAUCGCAUCAGGCCACAGCAGCACCCAAAGGCUUGGGUAUGACUCCUGGCAGCGCCAUCGCGGGCCAAUCCCCAAACGGUCAGAAACUUAAUGGCGGCACUCAAACUGGCCAAGUCUCAUCAGGCAGCACAUCAACAGCUUCAAAUGGAGCAAACGGAAGUAAUGGAAGAGACGGGUUCUCUCGCCCAUCUGGCUCUAGUUCUCAUGAUGCAAGUUAUGGUGGACAAGAUGGGUCCAAAUCAGAGAUAGUUCCUCCAGGUGUAGGAGCUGGAGGAGCAGGUGCUAAUGGAGGUUCAGGAUCAAAAGUCCCUGGCACAUAUGGGGGCGUCCAUUCGGUUUCCAUUUCUGCUGUGUCAUCAGGUCAAGGGUCAUCAGGCCACAUAGCAGCAGGUCAUGGGUCCACAAUGAUAUCCAGCCAAACGUUUGGCCAACCUUCAGCAGGACAGAUGUCAGACGGUGUGGGUGUAGUUUCCUCUGAGGUCCAGUCACAGCCUGCAGGGUCAGAGGGAUUCGCUCCACAUACAGAUGGCUCACAGAAUGAAAAUGGGGAAACCGCUCAUGAUGGAUCUCAAAUAGAGUCUCCAGGUGAUGAACAUUAAAGUUUACAUACAGUU